AUGGAGACCCUGGAGGCAUCUGCACUCUGCUUUCCACAGCUUCUCAACACCUCCUGCACAAAGCUGAAGCUUCCUCACUUUGAGGGCAUGCUGAUUUACAUUCUGCUGUCCUCCAUCUCUAUGCUAACUGUAACUCUUAACCUGCUGGUCAUCAUCUCUAUCUCCCACUUCAAGCAGCUCCACACGCCCACCAACCUCCUCUGCCUCUCUCUGGCUGUCUCAGAUUUCUUCAUGGGCUUCCUCAUGUUCUUUCAAAUUAUGCUCAUAGACGGCUGUUGGUACCUCGGUGACCUCAUGUGUGCUCUGUAUCAGUAUAUAGCAUACAUUAUUACCUCUACCUCAGUAGGAAACAUGGUGCUCAUUUCUAUUGACCGCUACGUGGCUAUUUGUCAUCCUUUGCAUUACUCCACCAAAGUCACUCAAAAAAGAGUUCAAGUCUGUGUUUCUCUGUGUUGGAUAUGUUCUGUGAUCUUUCAAAGUCUGAUUCUGAAGGACAUCUGGAAACCACACAGAUACACCUCCUGUUUUGGAGAGUGUAUAUUUGUCAUUAACUACUUUGCUGGACUUGCAGAUCUUAUUUUUUCCUUCAUUGUUCCCAUUACUGUCAUCAUAGUUCUGUAUAUGAGAGUAUUUGUGGUGGCUGUGUCUCAGGCUCGUGCAAUGCGUUCUCAUAUCGCAGCUGUCACACACCAGCAGCCAGUUAAAGUUACUACAAAAAAAUCUGAAAUGAAAGCAGCCAGGACUCUUGGUGUUGUUGUACUUUUGUUUCUAAUAUGUCUCUGCCCAUAUUAUGGUGUUGCUGUUACAGGUCAAGAUAACUUGCUCAGUGUUUCAUCUGCUGCAUUUGUAAUAUGCCUGUUCUAUUUUAACUCCUGUCUAAACCCUGUGAUCUAUGCCCUUUUUUAUCCCUGGUUUAGAAAAUCUAUUAAGCUCAUUAUUACACUCAAGAUACUGCAGCCUGACUCCUGUGAUGCCAGCAUAUUGUAG